GAGGGGCUCGCGCGCACCCUGGUAACGGCAGCGCUGUGGGGCCGCGCCCUGCAGAGGCCUUCUCUUGCUUCUGUCAUCAUGCAGGGCGAGGACGUCCGGUACCUCAAGAGAAAGGUAAAAGGAGGAAACAUAGAUGUACAUCCAUCUGAGAAAGCCCUCAUUGUCCACUAUGAAGUGGAAGCAAUGAUUCUCGGAGAAACAGGAGACCCUGUGCUGGGGGAGCGCAAAGAAUGUCAGAAAAUCAUUCGGCUGAAGAGUCUUAAUGCCAAUACAGACAUUGCUUCCCUGGCUCGAAAGGUAGUUGAAGAAUGCAAGCUCAUUCACCCCUCAAAACUGCCGGAGGUAGAACAACUAUUGUACUAUCUGCAGAAUCGCAGAGAUGCCUCAGCAGGAAAAGAAAAGAAAGAGAAAUCCAGUAAGCCAAAAGAUCCAUCCCCAUUUGAAGGAAUGGAGAUUGAUGAAGUUGCCAAUAUCAAUGACAUGGAUGAGUACAUUGAGUUACUGUAUGAAGACAUUCCUGACAAGGUGCGUGGCUCUGCCCUUGUUCUGCAGCUGGCUAGGAAUCCGGAUAAUUUGGAAGAACUGCUUAUCAAUGAAGGUGCCCUGAGUGCAUUGGCUAGAGUGCUGAGGGAAGACUGGAAACAAAGUGUGGAACUUGCUACCAAUAUAAUUUAUAUUUUCUUCUGCUUUUCAAGUUUUUCUCAAUUUCAUGGAAUAAUCACACACUACAAAAUUGGAGCUCUGUGUAUGAAUAUUAUAGACCAUGAACUGAAGAGACACGAGCUUUGGCAGGAAGAACUUUCUAAGAAGAAGAAAGCUGUUGAUGAAGAUCCUGAAAAUCAAACCCUGAAAAAGGACUAUGACAAAACUUACAAGAAAUAUCAAGGGCUGGUUAUCAAGCAGGAACAGCUACUCAGAGUUGCAGUUUACCUGCUCCUAAAUCUUGCUGAAGAUCCUCGCACUGAGCUGAAGAUGAGAAACAAGAACAUUGUCCAUAUGUUAGUAAAAGCACUGGACCGUGAAAAUUUUGAGCUGCUUGUGCUGGUUGUAUUUUUCUUGAAGAAACUCAGCAUUUUUAUGGAGAACAAAAAUGAUAUGGUUGAAAUGGAUAUUGUUGAAAAACUUGUGAAAAUGGUACCCUGUGAACAUGAUGAUCUGCUGAAUGUUACUCUUCGACUCUUGCUAAAUCUAUCCUUUGACACAAGCCUGAGGAAUAAAAUGGUGCAAGUUGGUCUACUUCCCAAACUAACUGCGCUUCUAGCAAAUGAAAGCUACAAACAAAUAUCAAUGUGUAUUCUCUAUCACAUAAGCAUGGAUGAUCGCUUUAAAUCAAUGUUUGCAUACACAGACUGUAUUCCACAGUUAAUGAAGAUGCUUUUUGCAUGUCCUGAUGAGCGAGUUGACCUGGAACUUAUUUCCUUCUGUAUUAACCUUGCUGCUAACAAAAGAAAUGUACAACUUAUCUGUGAAGGAAAUGGCUUGAAAACACUAAUGAAGCGGGCUUUGAAAUUUAAGGAUCCAUUGUUAAUGAAGAUGAUCAGGAAUAUUUCACAACAUGAUGGACCAACUAAAAGCCUGUUCAUUGAUUACGUUGGUGAUUUAGCAGCUCAGAUAUCAAAUGAUGAAGAGGAGGAAUUUGUGAUUGAAUGUCUGGGGACACUUGCAAAUUUGACCUUACCAGAUCUUGACUGGGAACUUGUGCUGAAAGAGUACAAACUGGUUCCAUACCUCAAGGAUAAACUAAAACCAGCAGGUUCUGCAGAAGAUGACCUUGUUUUAGAAGUCGUGAUAAUGAUUGGAACAGUUUCUAUGGAUGACUCCUGUGCUGCUUUGCUGGCUAAAUCUGGAAUCAUCCCUGCACUAAUUGAGCUUCUAAAUGCUCAGCAGGAAGAUGAUGAGUUUGUCUGUCAGAUCAUCUAUGUAUUUUAUCAGAUGGUCUUUCACCAAGCCACCAGAGAUGUCAUUAUCAAGGAAACGCAGGCUCCAGCAUAUCUCAUCGACCUGAUGCAUGACAAAAAUGCUGAGAUCCGCAAAGUCUGUGACAAUACUCUAGAUAUUAUAGCGGAAUAUGAUGAGGAAUGGGCUAAAAAAAUACAGAGCGAGAAAUUUCGAUGGCACAACUCUCAGUGGCUGGAGAUGGUGGAGAGUCGGCAGAUGGAUGACAGUGAGCAGUAUCUGUAUGGUGAUGAUCGUAUUGAGCCCUACAUCCAUGAAGGGGAUAUUCUGGAAAGACCUGACCUCUACUACAAUGCAGAUGGCUUAAUAGCACCUGAUGGAGCAGUGAGUCCAGAUUUCUUCAGUGAUUACCAUCUUCAGAAUGGAGACCUCAUUGGGCAGCAUCCUUUCUCUAGCAGCAUUGGAGUUGAUGGGUUUGGUCAACCACCAGGAGUUCCUGGCCGCCCAGCGACUGCCUAUGGAUACCGCCCAGAUGAACCUUACUACUACAGCUACGGAGCACAAUAAAACAGUCCACUCUGCACUCCAGGAUGCUGUCAUCUGCCCUGGAAGAAUGUGUGUGUGGCGGGCAGCAGAUCUAUCCCUUGGUAAUGCAUGAUUGUACCAUGAUGGGUCCAUUGUUAUGUAUCCUUUGGCAUGUGUAGCUCCAGAUAAAACUAGCCUUUCUCAGUCCAGUGUUCUAGUCAGUGUUUAUUCUUUGGUUGCUCUUAGUUAUAAUUUUUGUACAGUAUUUGCUCUGUGACUUGAAAGCAAGAAUUGGAAAGCUGCUGGAUCGGAAAGUGUCACAUAUGUAUAUUAAGCUACUAAUUUAAUUUCUAUUAAAUACAAAACCUAUGUGGCCAGCAGCUGUGAA